UUCUCAACUUAGCAACAUCGGAAAGUUGCGAGGAGUAAAAGUCUUGUGGAUUACACAAAACACAGACUGAAAACAUCCAUAGGCACCAACACAUAAACCAUCCAUGGAUUCUCUUGUCCAAUCUUUGCAAGCUUCACCCAUGUCUUUCUUCUUGAUCGCUGUCACUUCACUUUUUUUCUUAGGUCUACUCUCUCGCCUUCGCCGAAGAUUGCCAUAUCCACCAGGGCCAAAAGGGUUGCCACUUGUUGGUAGCAUGCACAUGAUGGACCAAAUAACUCACCGUGGGUUAGCUAAACUAGCUAAGCAAUAUGGUGGGCUAUUUCAUAUGCGUAUGGGGUACUUGCAUAUGGUAACUGUUUCGUCUCCUGAAAUAGCUCGCCAAGUUUUGCAAGUCCAGGAUAACAUUUUCUCCAAUAGACCAGCCAACAUAGCCAUAAGUUACUUAACCUAUGAUCGUGCCGAUAUGGCCUUUGCCCACUAUGGCCCGUUCUGGCGCCAGAUGCGUAAGCUCUGCGUCAUGAAGCUAUUUAGCCGGAAAAGGGCUGAAUCAUGGGAGUCUGUGAGGGAUGAGGUGGACUCAAUGCUUAAGACAGUUGAAGCCAAUAUAGGCAAGCCUGUGAAUCUUGGAGAAUUGAUUUUUACCUUGACCAUGAAUAUCACUUACAGAGCAGCUUUCGGGGCUAAAAAUGAAGGGCAGGGUGAGUUCAUCAAGAUUUUGCAGGAGUUCUCUAAGCUUUUUGGAGCAUUCAACAUGUCUGAUUUCAUUCCCUGGCUAGGCUGGAUUGACCCACAAGGGCUCAGCGCUAGACUUGUCAAGGCUCGCAAGGCUCUUGAUAAAUUCAUCGACUCUAUCAUCGAUGAUCAUAUCCAAAAAAGAAAACAGAAUAACUUCUCUGAAGAUGCUGAAACCGAUAUGGUCGAUGACAUGCUAGCCUUUUAUAGUGAAGAAGCAAGGCAAGUAGAUGAAUCAGAUGAUUUACAAAAAGCCAUCAGCCUUACUAAAGACAACAUCAAAGCCAUAAUCAUGGAUGUGAUGUUUGGUGGGACAGAGACGGUGGCGUCGGCAAUAGAGUGGGCCAUGGCGGAGCUAAUGAAGAGUCCAGAGGAUCAAAAAAGAGUCCAGCAAGAGCUUGCAGACGUCGUGGGUUUAGAGCGGCGCGUGGAGGAAAGUGAUUUUGACAAACUAACAUUCUUGAAAUGCGCCCUCAAAGAAACCUUAAGGAUGCACCCACCAAUCCCACUUCUCUUACAUGAAACAUCUGAAGAUGCUGAGGUUGCGGGUUAUUUCAUUCCAAAGCAAACAAGGGUGAUGAUCAAUGCUUAUGCCAUUGGGAGAGACAAGAAUUCAUGGGAAGAUCCAGAUGUUUUUAAGCCUUCAAGGUUUUUGAAACCAGGGGUGCCUGAUUUUAAAGGGAAUCACUUCGAAUUUAUUCCUUUCGGUUCUGGUCGGAGGUCUUGCCCCGGUAUGCAGCUUGGGUUAUACACACUUGAUUUGGCUGUUGCUCACUUGCUUCAUUGUUUUACAUGGGAAUUGCCUGAUGGCAUGAAACCAAGUGAACUUGACAUGACUGAUAUGUUUGGACUCACCGCGCCAAGAGCAACUCGACUCGUUGCCGUUCCGAGCAAGCGUGUGCUCUGUCCUCUCUAAGGAAGGGAAAAAGGUAAGGGAUGGAAACGAACGGGAUUCCCUUCAUUCGUGGAUUCUAUACAUAAUUGAGGCCAUGGUGACACAGGGUCAAUUUGCAGGUUUUUUUUUUUUUUUACUUUUUUUAUAUAUAAUUGGGUUAAAAAGAUUAUCUUUACUUUUUAAUUUGUAC